AUGCCUGGGCGGAAAGCGUCGCUGGACCGCUCCAGAAGUCCGCGACGGGAGGGUGAGGCGAAGAAGGAGGAGAACCUUCCUAUCGACGUUGAGGUGUUGAAUGCCGUUUCCGGUAGACAACUUUGCGGAUUCAAAGCUGAUGGGAGAUGGUCCGUGGUGGAUGUGAAGGACCAGAUCUCUGAAAUUACGGGCCGGGCAACUUCGCUUCUACCCUCAGGAAGGCAGCUUCUACUAGGUUGCAAGCUGUUGUCGGACCAUGAGAUCUUGAAGCAUCUGUGUACCGACAGCAACGAGCGAACUACACUUGAGCUGAGGAUGGUCGAAGUGUCAGACGACUUCUACGUCAAGUAUUCAGCACGAAGAGAUUUCCAAGAUGAUCACGAGUUGCACGAGUUUGAGUUCUGCAGCAGUGGGAGGUUUCGGUUCGCGCGGGACUUCCUGCAGGGAGGCUUCUUUCAGGGGAAGAAGCUCCAAAAAGAGUGCCAUUUGUCCGCCGCAAGUCUUCAUGUUCUUAGAGGCCUCGUGCUGAAGAGUGGUCUACUGCAGGCUGAUGACGCGGAUUUACCACUGCCAACACGACAUUCACGGCAGGAGUUGGAGAUUAAGUGUGAGGGGGCACAUGUGGUGUUGUCCACGCAGCUUCACCCUAGCCUUUCCCACAUUGAUGGAGGGCGGCGGCUUGAUCAUGAGCACACUAUGUCUGAUUUCGAUGCCCUGGCAGAGGACAUUAAAUCGUUUGGGAAAUCGAUCCUCGAACUCUUUGGUGUGCAGCUGGACGGGGCAGCUUGUGCUUCAUGGCAUCCCUCUCGCCGCUGA